AUGUCUACAAUCACACUAGAUCCAAAACCCGGUUUUGUGAUCAAGUCUCGCGUUCUCGAAGCACAAAACUACCUCAAGCACAGUUCUGGAACCAAGGUGUUCAUCAAUGUUUGCCACGAUAAUCAAGUUCCCAAACCCCCACAAGAGUUUGAUCCGGCAAUAGUAUUUCCGCUCAUCAUACAAAAUGAAUGGGAAAUUCCCAUCAUAGUUUCGGAAGAAAAACAGACCACAGACAAAAAGGGCAUUCCGUCGUUUGUGUAUGACUGUUGUAUCAAUCUGUUAUGUUUUCAAUGGUGUCAAGUAAACAGCGAAUUGCGCCAAAUAUUGAAUGAAUGGUGUCUUGAGUCAGUGGAAUUGUUAUAUGAGGUGACUUUGGACCGAGAGUAUUCCAUUCCCAAGAUGCUCAGCAAGGGAGAGUUGUCUCUGACGAUAGUGGAGUCUCUGGAAAUGAGCGAUAAUGGAUUCCAGAAAAAGUUACAGCAGCUUAAACAAAACGAUACUUUGGGCUUGAUAGAAGAACUCAAGCCAGACGAGCCUCAAGACGACGAGGAUCUUCCAGAUUUGAUGAAUAUCAACCGCGAGCAAAAAGCUGGAAAGAAACCGUUGAUCCAGGAAAUCGAAGAGAUGUCGAUUCAACUGGAAAAGACAAGUCAAAAGCCAGUUAUUAAAUCAAAAUCUCAAUUAUCCACCGUCACCUUUGCUGUUAGUUUUCAAAACAUCAGCGACAAAAAGUACCAUCUUCUAGUAAAGUUGACCACGGAUUCUAGAGCUGAUCUCGCCAAUCAACUAGCAUUGAGUAUCGAUACAGAAACACAACAGUUGGUGUUGCAGCCUACCCCAGAUUCACGCAUUACUCUCCCCAAUUCCUCGAACAAACUACAGGUUCCCGUUCCGGCUUCAUCGCAGUCAUGUGAGCCCAAGUCGUUCUACGUCAAACUGGAACAAGCCAUCUACGUUUUUGUUUAG